AUGUCAACAAUGAUUGACGAUGUAGAUGGGCGUAUCGGCUAUGUGGGCACUUCAUGGAGCACCAACCAUACUGGUAAACCACAUGGUCUGGAAGAGGGAGAUCACACCUUGAAGAUCAGCAAUGAGAAUUCAAGGAAUGUGGAUGAGUAUCCGACUUACAUCUGGCUAGACAUUGAUGCUGUUUCUGUCAAUGGAGAGCUUAAGAGUGCCACCACCAUAUCCACCUCAAGCAGCUCCGGUUCUGAGACUGCUACCUCUUCCGAGGUUAGCAGUUCGAGUUCCAGUGUUGCCACCUCAGCAGCUGUUUCCUCUGCUAUAAUCUCACAGACAGCAUCUGCUUCUGGUCAAGUGACAUCAACUAGUUCAUCAAGUAUCUAUAGGCAAGAAACAAGUAGCAAGACCCUGUCCUCAUCCAAAAUCUCAUCACCAACUUCACCCUUGUCCAGCACUUCUGUCAAUAUGGCCCAGUCAUUUGACCCCUUACAGUCCACAGGGACACCUGCAACCCAAUAUAUCUCUACAACAAGUGGCAAUCAGCCUGGGACUAGUGAUGAAGGACCCACAACCCACAAAACAACAACUGUAGCUGUUUCAGCAACUGUGAUUGCAGUUGCUCUCAUUGUCAUCAUUACCAUUUCUGGGCUGUGGUUUUGGAAGAGAAGGAGAAGAAGAUUUCAGGCUGAGGAAGAGGACUAUCUUCAACCUUCCUGGCAGUAA